AUGUCCGAUUCCAAGAAAGGCGCGUAUGGUGGCGCGCCAUCAGGCGAUACCGAUUUUCGAAAGACCUAUGAUCUCGACGAAUACGCUGCCAAAGCCAAUGAACGCGAAGCAAAAGAAAAAGAAGAGUCCAAGGCGCGUUAUGAAGCCAAGCUUGCAGGCAAGAAAUACCACAAGCCUCUGACAGGCGACGAAACAUACACAUCAGCACGCCGGAAUAUUAUAGACCUCACACAACAAAUCGGAAAAACGCAGCUUGUUCCCGGAGGUGCAGGUGUCGGAAAGCGUGGCCGAGGAGCUGGUUUCUACUGUGAGCCUUGCGAUCUCACGUUCAAAGACAAUAAGCAAUACAUCGAGCAUCUCAACACACCACAGCACUUGAUAAAUACAGGCCAAACGACUGAAGUCAAGCGCGCGACGGCAGAGGAAGUCCACGAACGAAUUGAGUACUACAUCCGACGGCGAGACGAGCUUGAGAAGGAGAAGCAGACUAGCCUACACGAGCGACUGCAGUUGCGGGAAGAAGAGGCUGAGAAAGAAGCCGAAGAGCGGAGGAAGAAGAGAAGAGAGGACAAUGAAAGGAAGAGGAUUAAAAAGGAGGAGGAGGCAAGGGUGAAGAUGGAAUAUGGAGAGGACGUUCGUGUUGAUGGUGAACAUGACGAAGACGAUAUGAUGGCAGCAAUGGGCUUUACUGGAUUUGGGACCUCGAAGAAGUGA